UGGGCGGAGAAACGGAGAGAGCGGAGAGCCACAUCCCCUCCCCUCCGCCUCUCUGUUCUCACCCACAGUCUGAGCAGGCACCGGCUCGUUGAUGUCAUCGGGACAGACACCCUGAAGAGAGGAGGGGAUCCGUCAGAACAAAGCGGGGAUACAUUGCAAUUCCGCCACGCGCCCGGUGGGGAACGGGAUCAUCUGCUGCGUGUCUGCAGCUUUCGGGCUCCGCUUCCUGCUUCCUCGCCCCGCAGCACCGGGAGUCUCGCUGUGGUCGCGGCGAGGAUCGACACCUUUUGUGUCGCUCUGCAGUCGUUUAUCGAGCCUCCAACUUGUGCCUCUCCUUUCACCACAGCGGGAGGUUUUUUGUUUCAGUUCUUCUCGCGUUGGCAUAAGCGGAAUGAAUGACAAAAACAAAGGAGGUUGAUGUCCAUAACUCCCCGACCCAGGUCGUCUUCGCCUCGCCCAAGGAACGGAGACUCCAUCUCCGGCAGAAGAUGGACAGCGGAGCCGGGACGGAGGGCUCGGACAGCGGGCAGACGCAGCACGGGGAGCCCUCCGCGGCGGUGACCGGUCGUCUUCCGGGCGAGAAGAAGAAGAAGAAGGUGAACCGGGCCCCGUCCCCGGCCAGACCGAAGGAGGUGCCCGGUUGGUCGCUCACCAAGAUCCGCGGAGGGAUCGGGACCCCGACGCUGAGCGUCAAGCCGGGAGCCAUCCACCUGGGCAGCCGCGUUUCGCGGCGCAGCCCCGUGGGAGGUCUCUCCGGAAAGGACGGCAAAGCGGAGAAGAGCGGUGGCGGAAAGCUGGCGGGCAAAACCUCCCCGUCGCUGUCUAAAACGGCCAAGACGGCCAAGAGCACCGGCGGGCGGAGGAAGGUGUCGGACGCCAGCAUCGGAUCCGACGAUGCAUCGAAGGACUCCGGCUGCGCCACCGGGAAGCUGUCCCCCACCGACAGUAGCUCCGAGAUAUCGGACUGCGCCUCCGAAGAAAACAAGCUGUCCACGGACGCGGUGAGCAGCGACGCCGAAUCCAGGAGCAGCCGGGGGGGCGGCGGCGGGCCGGACGGGGAGAAGCCGCUCGGGGAAGGCGUGUUGGCGGACAGAGCUCGCCACCACGCCGCCGCCAAGACCGCCCGCUCCUCCGCGGCGGAGAGGGACUGCAAGGACCGCCUCUCCCUGGCCGCGGAGACCGGGGAAGGAAGCGUGUCCCCCGGCGAGGAGCGCUCGGUCACCUCGUUUGACAGCAGGGUCCCUGCCAGCACGUCCCUGGCUUUCUCGGACCUCACAGAGGAGUUCAUGGACGGCAUGCAGGAGGAGUUUGUCCGGGAGAUAGAGGAGCUGAGAUCCGAGAACGAUUACCUGAAGGAUGAGAUGGAGGAGCUGAGGUCUGAGAUGCUGGAGAUGCGGGACAUGUACAUGGAAGACGACGUCUACCAGCUGCAGGACCUACGGCAACAGCUUGAGCAGGCAAACAAGACCUGCCGCAUCCUGCAGUACCGGCUGAGGAAGGCCGAGCGACGCUCGGUGCGCGUGGCCCAGACGGGGCAAGUGGACGGGGAGCUGAUACGAACGCUGGAGCAGGACGUCAAAGUGGCGAAGGACGUGUCCAUCCGUCUCCACAGCCAGCUGGACAGCGUGGAGAAGAAGAGGAGCCGCCUGGACCUGGAGAACGAGGAGCUGUGGGUCCGCCUGCAGGACCUGGAGGUGGCCAAACAGGUCCUGCAGCAGGAGAUUGACAAGGGCUCCCAGAAGAAAAGAGGAGCACGACCCAACAACAAACCUGACAAGAAGCUCUGUCCACAGGAGGACAGCUCAGACCUUAAAUGUCAGCUCCACUUCGCCAAAGAGGAGACAGCGCUGAUGUGCAAGAAGCUGACCAAACUGGUGAAGGACGGCGACGCCAUGAAGGAGGAGCUGGCCAAGUACAGGUCGCUGUACGGGGACGUCAACGCCUCGCUCACCGUGGAGGAGGUCGCUGACUCCCCACACACGCGCGAGGCGGAGAUCAGAGUCCACCUGAAGCUGGUGGAAGAGGAGGCCAACCUGCUGAGUCGGCGCAUCGUUGAGCUGGAGGUGGAGAACAGGGGCCUCCGAGCUGAGAUGGACGACAUGAAGGGACCACAAGACGGUCCACAGGAGCUCACUGGUAUCGGUGGCAGUCUUGGCCUCGGAGGGGCCAUGGUACUCGGGGGAGGGGCUUCAUCUGAAAACGUCAUGGAGCUUCAGAGACACCUCCAGUUUGUGGAGGAGGAGGCGGAGCUGCUGAGGAGGUCUCUCAUUGAGAUCGAGGAACAGAACAAGCUCCUGAUGAACGAGAUAAACCGCUAUAAAUCGGACCUCCCGCUCCCGACGUCAGCGCUGUCGUCCAACUCCUUGGCGUCGCUGACGGACGGGCUGCUCCACGACAGCCGGGUGCACUGCCUGCAGGAGGGGGCGGUGCUCAUCAGCACAGACGGCCCCGCCCACGAGGAGGAGAUCAGACUGGCGAGGCUUCAGAUCGGAGAACUGGGCGGGAAGGUGAAGAAGCUGCAGUACGAAAACCGAGUGCUUCUGUCGAACCUGCAGCGAUGCGACCUGGCCUCCUACCACGCUCCUUCCUCCUCCUCCUCCUCCUCCUCCUCCCUACGACUUGCUCUGGAGACGGACGCGGAGGCCGGAGACUCAGCAGAGUGCCUCCCAAGCCCGCCGCACCGCAAAGAGCCGGUCGGAGGUGAGACGGACGCCCUGGAGAUCAAGGAACGGAAAAAGAAGAUCGAGGACAACGCCGACGCAACCACCUCGUUCCCUGGGUACCUGGGGCAGAAGGACCAUGAUGCCUUGCUGGCCAUGAGGGACCAGGCUCGCUUGGUUUCCACGGCGAUACAGCUCCUGACCUCCCCGGAGUCCAACUGCCUGUCGUCGUCCCCGUCCAUCUAUCACAAGGUCUGCAGCAACGAGGCAGCAGAGCCGUGUGACCUGGAGAAAGCUCAGCCUCACGGCCAGAUUUCAGAGCUGUCCGACCUGGCGGACCGGCCCCUGGUUGGUGCUCUGACCAGCAGGCUGCAGGCCCUGCACGCCCAGCUCCAGGCCUUUGUGGAGCAGGUGGACGUCCUGGGCAAACACCCGGCUGGUGGGAGGGACCCUCGGGUUGAAGGAGCGUCUCCUCUGGCCUCGCCCUGCGCCUCUGUGCCGGAUGGACUGAGCGCUGCCGUGGAGCAGCAGCCCAAUUCUAGGGACCAAUCAGGGCCAGAGGGGAUAACUCGAAUCGAGGAGCGCAGCCAAUCGGACAGCGACGAGAAGCGAAAGCAGGACGACAGCCAGCUGGAACGGGGAGAGGGGGAGGCACACGAUGCACCGGCCGUCGAUGGCGACGCCCUCCAGGCCAGGCUGUCUGAAGCAGAGGAGUCGGCCCUCGGGACUCGGGUGGAGCUGGAGAAGGAGAGGCAGGCUCAGAGAGAAACCACUCUCGUGCUCACGCAGCUCCAGGAGGAGCACCAGAAGGCUCUGCUCCGCCGGGACUUCCAGCUGGAGAGUUUGGGCCUCCAGGCUCGUCUUCAGCAGAAGCGGUGGAGCCAGGAGAGGACUCUGCUGGUCCAGGAGUCCCAGCACCUCAAACAGGCCCUGUUACUGCUCAGCCUCAGACUACGCUGCUUCCUCAAGCAGUGGAGGCUGGGCUGCAGGAAGGACACGGAGUGGAAGGACUUCUUGGAGAUGAACAGCCUGAAGGACCUGUACCUGCUGCUGGAAGAGGAGAACCUAACAAGCCCCGCCCACCAGGCGGACAACAAGGCUGCUACAGACGAACAGCCACUCAGCCCAACCAUCAAGUCGAGCGCGGUGAGCAGCACCUUGGCCGACCUGAAGGUGACGCUGCAGGAUUUGAGCGCAGAGUUGCGACAGGAGAGACAAGGCUGCCAAGAGCUCACACAGCAGUUCGCCAAGGCCAAGGCAUCAUGGGAAGUGGAGAGGACCGAACUAAAGAGCCUCAUCACGCAGCUUGAGACCAAAUCAGGAAAAGCGGCGACGCCGUCCGUCUCUGACGCUCCGGAUCCACCGGACCUGAAGGUGGCGCUGAAGAGGGAGCGAGAAGAGCACCAGCACCUCUUGGCCGAUUCCUACGCAGCCGUGAUGGACCUCACUAAACAGCUUCAGAUCGGGGAGAGGAACUGGGGCAGAGAGAAGAUGGAGCUUCUGGAGAUGCUCGGCCAGGAAAGAGCUCAGUGGGAGCAGAGACUGGGAGAGGCCACUGCGCAACAGGGGAAGUCAAAGUCAUUUGGCAGCGAGUCUUCUGCGGACACAGUGGUCACGAAUGGAACGGGGUCGCCAAGAACCAUAUCAGCAUCCGACCUGCAUGGCCCAGAAUUCCACCGUGGAGCCAAUCAGGAGGACAGAAUUCAGUUUUCUGUCCCAGAGCUGGGUGACCUCACCGGGAAGAACUGGACCUACCUCACCAAUGAGACCCCAGAGGUUGGGUACAGCUGUAAAACCUGGGACGGUCCCAGCGGAUCCUGCAGCAGCUCGGUGGGCUCGGAGCUGCAUCUGGAGACGGUCCAGAGGAGCUACACAGCUCCGGACCGCACCGGCAUCCGUAUCUACUACAGCCCCCCGGCGGUAAGACGCACGGAGCACCCAAGAACGAGCCAGGAGGCCAAAGAGCCGGAGCGGGCCCGGGACGGGAGCUCUUCCCUGGGGGCGAGCGGCUCAGACGUGGCGGCGGUGGGAAACCAUGAGGUUCAGCAGCAGCAGCAGCCUCCAUCCUCCGUUUCGUCCUCCUACGAGCAGUGGCUGAGCUCGCUGUCCAAGCCGCACAGGGAGCUGCUGGAGAGCAGAAGCGGCUGCGUCGCCGGGUCGAUCCCCAGUGUCGCCGGCGGCGCCGCCCCGGUCGAUGGGAUGGCGCCCACGUCGGCAUUCCACGGCCUGGAGAUCGGGGAGAUUUCCGCCAACUUGAGUGACGACAUGAAGGAGAUGACCAAUUGUGUCCGCCAGGCCAUACGCUCUUCCUCUCUGGAGAGGAAAUCCUCCAAGGAACCUCAGGCGGCGCUGGGCAUGUCCACCAGGUCCACCCAGACCAAUUGGCAAUAUGUCAGCAUCGGGCUUCAAACAGACAACCUCCCCAGCAGAGGGAUGGGCUUGCACUCCAAAGCCUGGUCUCCUCGCCCCUCGUCAACCACCACGUCGUUGCUAGCGUCCGCUCGAACCCGGCACAUAUCCACGUCCCUGGACAAAGUCCACAGCCGCAUCGACAGGCCGUGCUGCUCACCCAAGUACGGAUCACCGAAACUGCAACGCAGGGUGUCCUCUGGAUCCACCUCCAGACUGGACGGCAGCUCCUCUUCCAGGGACCGGAGCCUGUGGAGCCUCCAGCAGAGAUCCCUCAGCGGAGGGGGGCGCUCGGCCUGGGCUCGCUCCACCACCACCAGGGACAGCCCGGUCCUGAACGGCCUCACCGACGGCCUCUCCAGCCUCUUCAGUGUGGUCGAGCACACUGGAAGCACAGAGUCGCUCUGGAGGGGGGACGGGGGUGCCAGCCAGGCGGCCAGUCCGGCCCGGCAGCCCGCUCCAGCAGGGAAACCCACCGGCGCGCCCGUCUGUGGCUCCGACCCCGGCUGUCAGCGGUACGGAGGCCUGGCGCAGGAGUUCUUCAGCACUGUGUGCAGCGCCCGGGGCCCGGGAGGAGCCACCCCGUCCGAGGAGCGAGCGCAGAGAGACCCCGGUGGCUCCCUCGGGGGUCCGGGUGUCUCUGGGGGUUUUCCCGGGGCGGAUGAGCCCAAGCCAGAGUGUGUGGCGGUCGGGAUCGGGGGCUUCGGAGCGCUGGCUGGAAGCAACGACAAUGUGACCAAGAUCGUCAACAAGAGGUUCAUGAGACAGACGGCCGGGGAGGAGAUGGUCAGCAUCAUGGGAGGAGGGAAAGAGACGCCGAGCAGCACCGCCGGAUCCGUGACGGAGGAUGCACCCUGUGACUGUGCUGCCCAGUCGUCGUCCUGCCUCGCCCGACCAUCAAGAGCAGCAGCUCGCCAUUCCCUCGGCCAGUGCAAGCACCGCCCGCAGGAGUCUCCCGCGGCAACCGAGGAAAAGGGAGACACAUGCAACGAGUGACGACACUUCAGAGACACGCCCAUUGGAUACGGAUUCUUCACAGACACCGUACAUCACUGCCAUGAAACCGCACGUCCAAACACCUCUCGCGUCAAAUGUGCAUACACACUACCAUCCUGCCACACAGGUGCACUGCCAAACAUGACACACACACACACACUGCCACAUGUACCCAUUCAUAACACUUGUGUUGGACUGUACUAUUCGAGGACAGAGAUCAGAGACAGCAACGGACACAACCAUCACAAAACUACCAGCAAGAAAUACAAUUCACAUCGUUUGACACGCUUUACUAGAGGAAAAAACAAACUGAAUAGAGUCAAAGAAGUAAACCUAUGAUGUCAGGACCGGACACCUUUUACAGAAUAAGAUACUACAUAUGAUCCUCUUUGGCUUGGAAAAUCCACCGUAACCAAGUUGUCUUGCCACCAUGCUUCCCAAUGUCGGAUUUACAGAUAAGCAAGGAGUGUGCGCGUUGAAGUGCAUGUGUUACUUUGAGAGCCGCAGUAGAAAGCUGGAACGAUCUUCCACAGUGUGAAACUCUGAAAACAUCAGGCUGCUGUCAGAUGGAUUCUCUCUGAACUUUGUGCUGGAAAAAGCAGUUGUUGCAUUUUUGAUUCAUUAGCACAAAACCAAUCCAGCGAGUGUCUCCAACAAGGAUCUGACCGCGCCACCUUUUGAUGACAAAAGUGACUUUUGCAGGUAACGGAGAGCAUCGAGUUCUAUUGGACUACAGGCUUGGACUCCAUUGAUGUUUGGACCGGUCGGCUCUCUAAAUGAGACCACGGAGCUGACUUGAGGGGACCUUCUACCAUCGUUGCCUGGGAGCAGAACAAAAAGCUCCUCAGGCUUUAAGCGUCUGCUCAAGACGACGACAGAAGGACUUUUGCCACAAUUAAGGAGAGGUUUUGUGGCAUUGUGAUCAGGAUGACUAAACCCCAUAGAUGUAAGAAAACCCACUUGUGGGGUUGUUACUCCACAGUCUGAUUGGAAGAAUUUGAUUUCAACCUGUUACAGCAGGCAGAAAGUGCCUGUUCGUUUCCUAUUUUGAGAUAUUUCUUAACUGAUGUGCAGAUUCAUCGUUAACCCUUUGAUGAUUUUUAACCUGAAAGCCCAUCUGCCGUUUGCACUUGGCAGUGGAUGGAGAUGCACGGAUAUGACUUCAAACUUAUUUUGACCAGUUUUUCAGUUUGCCGCCCUGCAGUUCAGUAGACGGUGGUGGUUGACACUAAAUAUCCUUGUCAAACACAUCUGAUGGGCACAAUUGGGUAAUGUUUUAACAACGUUAGAGGUAUUGACCUAAUGUCCAUCAGCCUUAUCGGUGGGUCCAAACUCAAAAUACUCAUUGUCCACAAACGCUCACUGACUCUAAGCAGUGUCCAAGGAGAACUCAGAUGCAUUCCUCUUGUUGGAGUCUCCCAGACGUGUGUGUGUGUGUGUGUGUGUGUGGUUUGUAUGUACAUUUAGUCCUCGAACUCUCAGCGGUGGACCAGUGCGUCGUUUAGAGGUCUAGUCAAGGGGAUAGUUUUUAAACACUUACCGCUCUUCUCCCACGCACAACUGUCCUCGGCGUAGCUACUCUACAAAAUUUAGGAAAAUGUAGCAUUAUGACGUGAUUUUGGUGAACAACCAGCUAAGAGCUGUGAGUAUCCAUUUGAAGCCACAGUAAUUAAAGCACUGGGUUUUUACUUUUGAAGAAAUACAUCAAGACAGGUCCAACGAUAUGACAGGUGUUAAAGUCACACAACGCGUGAGAGGCAACAACAAAAACAUUUUUUAGGGGAACUGACACCAACGGUCUUGUUGGUGAUUUAAAACCUAAAAAGUAAUGUAAUCAAGAAACAAUCAUCUUUGAGAAGAUGUUUGAAUACUGUUUAUUUAUCCUGUCCCUUUGUUCGCCAUGUCGUACUUGUAAUCAAUCAGUAGAUAUUCAAAGUGCCUGUCAGAUUACUUUUUAGUCAGCUCACGCCAAAACUGGAAUCCAUAUUUUAAAAAACACAAACAAACACAGCAGGCCUUUUUUUUCAAAUGGGUGAGAUUGUUUUAAUGUGCAUAGUUUCGAUCAGGCUGUUCUAAGUAAAGCUACAAUAUUUAAUAAAAUACUGUACCACAGUGCACACGGGACGAGAGGGUUUACAGGUAUAGUAGGACAAAGUAUCCACACUAUACCAACUUUUUUUAUACCAAGGGUUAUUGUAUUUCUGGAAAGUAAAUUAUUUUUGUUGUUUUAUAUGGAUGCUUUCUCUGAUUUAUUAGCCUGUUUAUAUUAUCUUGAUUAGUUAUCAUGGUGCUACCUAGUUUGAAGUCUGCAGUGGGCUCAUCGAUUUGAACGAUGUCUCUUCUGCUGUCUAUUCAUGAGUCGCAGUCCAGCGUUUCUCCAAUUAUGCGCACCAAGUAGUGACUCAGCAGUUUAAAAUAGGGCAUUACCCGUAACAGGGCACGUAUUCAAAUAACACAGUGAGGGAAAGCCGCAGCCUAAAUGCUCCUGUCUGUCUCCACUCCAGCCCUCGAGGCUGCUAGAAAACCCACCAUCUGAAACCAGCCACCGCUUCAGAAGCUACUUGACACGGGAAUAGAGUCUGAUUUUUCACCACAAUUUCAAAACAGGUUGUUUUAGCCAAACAAUCCGAUUGGUUCGAAACCAAAUGAAAGCCUAUAGCCACAUUUAAAAUGCUUUUGCAUAGCAGAGCUAAUAUGUUUAAGUACACCUGCAUUCCUGUCUACAUUCCACUAUAUUGUACGUAACUCACGUCAUUACAAAGCCACAUCUGCCGUCGUCACUUAAGAGAAUGAACUUGAUGAUGAUACAUCACGUGAACAACAACAGCAGAAAAGAAGGAAACCGCUCGCUCAGACUCGGUAACAAGGUAACCGGCUCACUCUGCAAGGCUUCAGAACUCGCUCUCCCCACCUGUAGAAGUAAAUCAAUUUUAGAAUCCACCAUUUGUAACAUUACGCUGUUAACUUUCCAUCCUACAGUUUAGCCGUUGACUUCACAGCUGUUUUCUUCUCACAUGUAGCUCUUUUAAGGAUUCCACAAAAACCCAGUUUCAGUUAACACUCCUGCAGCAUAAUCCACUUAUUUGCUGCCUCCUAUUGAUUAUGUUUCAGGCAAUUAUUCAAAAUGAAAUGUACUGCUUCUGUUUAGCACUAGUAUGGUUAUCUGUUUGCAUGUGUUGCACACAGCUACCCAGGUUAAUGUUAAUGUAGUCAACAUUUUAAAAGUGACGUGAUUCUAGCCAGGAGGUCUGGCCCGUUGUAUCAAAACUCAGUUCAAAUAUACCUCAAUAAACAAAUGAAGUUGGUAAAAGUCAGCCAAAUGGACACUUUGGGCCUUAAUAUGUCUGAUAACCAAAUGGUUUAAAGAAUAAAUGUUUCCCAAAUAUGAGUCGCUGAUGCUAUCUUCCAGCACAUACUACCGCUUGUCAGAGAACAGUAUGUAGCCGGCAUGUUGUCAUUGACACUCAAAGUAGUUCACAGAGAACUACAGAAUACAUUUUUGCUUCCACUGAGGCCCAGCAAUGUGUUGUUUCUCCUUUAUAUCCAAGUUUCUCCUUUAUGGCUGCUUGAAAAAAAGAACUAAGAUGUUGCUACACCAUGCAGAAUGUAACUGACCAUCUCUCCACAAACAACCCUGAUAUCAGGUCUGGUACUAUUUCUCUUUUCUGAUACUAACUAAAUAAUCUGUCAUAGUAAAGCUAGUAAUCCAUCAGAUUUGAAAUUCAAACAUGUAACAACCAAAUGCCAGUUACACUUCUGUAUUUAUAUUUUAUAUUUGUGAUUUUCAACAGAAAAGAUAAGAAAACCAUACAUAAACCCCUGCAUGUAUGAGUGAGAAGAUAAGACAAAAUAAUUAUCUCUGUAAUGAUGCUAAGGCAUGAAGCAGUUUUAAUUUUAUCUGAAAAAAUGCAACUCCCUACAAAAUAAAAGUUCAAAUCAAACUUUCUAAUCUGCCCUACUUUCUAAACUUUUGACAACAGCGAAAAUUUUACUGAACCUACUCGUUAAAUAAGGGCCCUUCGGGUCAGAAAUGCGGUAUGACUUAGAAAUUGGUUUUGCUCAGUGUGACCAGAUCUCAUAACCGUUAAAGUGUUGUGUUUUGGUUUCAGACAACCUCCAGUCCAUUUUUGCUGAUAUUAGAAAAAUCGAGCAUGCCACUGUUGUUUUAAUGCUUCAUAUUAGAAGAUGUGACAAACACCAAACAACAUGUUUUGAACUGAUUUGAACAAAUAAAGUAAUUAGUUUGCAGUGCUUUACAAUGUGGGGCGUUUUUAACAUCCGACGUGACAUAUAGCUGUGAAUACAACUCACAGCUCCUUCUAGUUCAUGACAUGGAUUGAUUUUCUCCAGAAUGUAAGCCUCAAAACUCUCCUGCUCGGAUGGCAUUGGUCAUAUUUGCUCCUCCCCCUCAGGUUGUAAGUACCACACAUCGCAGCCAAUGACUGACAGUUUUAUAGGUCGCACAUCAUCACCAGCCAAUAACCGAUGAGCUCUUACGGAUCGCAUGGCACAAACUACACGUAUCACUACUCGCUGUGUGUCUGUAAGAAGGUUUCCUAAAAUGCAGCAUUUUUAACAUCUUUCCAUACCAUUCAAAUGAUUGUUACAUCCUGGGCAUAUGUAAAUGAAUUCUUUGCUGUUCAUAAUGUUAGCUAAACGAUUACCUAGAGACUGCCUGUAUAUUUGCUUACGUAAGCUGCUCUUGUCUUUUUUUAUAACACCUGUUUUCUUGAUUAAAAGUAGAAUGCAACGAAUGACAAAUUAAAUGAAGGAAAUGUUUCCCUCUUGUAUUGCAAAUUUAGAAGAAAAAAAAAAAAAGCUUUGUAUCUCCCUCCUUUUGUUUCUUUGAGAAAAGCUGAAUGUCAACAGCGGAUCAGAACCAGGUCGCUGUGGAAGUAUGUAGCUCUCUCCCUCUACGGACCCCACUCCAGCGUUUCUUCUGUACAUAGGUGCAUUUUGAAGAUGACGAAAAACAAAAAAGGCAGCAAAUGUUUAAUGAAUGAGUUUUUUUCUGACCAAUGUAGCUUGUAGACCAAGAUAUUAUAACUGCCUCCUGUUUGUCAUAGAAUUCACAAAUAAAUGUUUGUUGGAAUUUAA